AUGAGAACCUUUCUAAUUUUGACAUUUCUAAUUUUAUCAGUUGGAAGAUAUGUUCAUCUCAAAUUCGUCUUGAGUAGUUGUGAAAACUGGCUCAAAGGUAUUUCUUAGGAAUUAGAUCAAAGUAAUGAGUAGUCUUGUAUAUUCCCCGAACCUAAUAUUUGCCCUAUGGAUAUGGUUGAUGGAGUCAUUAACCUCCCUCGCUACCUCAGAGAGUUUUAGUGUGAAUAUUAAGUUAAUAGGAUUGGCUAUUUUGAAAAAUACUAUCACACUGAUAAAGCCUACAUUGCUCAUCCGUUAUCUAAAUAUUUUAAAGAAGACUAAAGACUUUUAAGCACUUUUCCACAUGAAAUUUUAAAACAUUCAUAAGGAUAUGAUUCACUAGAAGAAGCCAUAGCAAAUAAUCAUGAAGUUAUAGUUGACACUAGAAAUGAAAAAAUGAUUAUAACAGUUCCAAGAAAUGAAACAUUAGCAUAAGAGAGAAAAGAGAUUUCUAAGAAUGUAUAAAGAGGCGAUCUUAGAUAAAAUAUUCUUCUAGUUUUUAUAGACACUUUAUCGAGACAGAGACUUCAUGCCAAGCUUCCUAAAUCAGUACAAUUUUUCAGAGAAAGAGAUCAUAAAGAAUUUUUUAGAUUGCAUGCUUUCUGGGGAAGAACUCAAGAGACUGCUUUUCCUUUUUUAUAUGAAAAGACUCUUUAAGAUUUUGUAGAAAAUCCACCAGUUAAAGAUGAAGAUGAUAUUAAAAUGAUUCCACCACCCUAGGAGCCUUAUGAUCAUCUAUUUAGUAAUUUCAAAGACUAGGGUUUUAUAACCGGAUGGACUGGAAAUAUUUGCGAAACUGGGAUGUUUUCAUAAAAAGCAUUUUACAAUUAGUAUGUUAAGAAUACCCCAACAGAUCACGAAGGAUUAUCUUCAACUUGUGAUCCUAAUUUAUAUGAUUAUAACUCAGCUGAUAAUGAUUUUUAAGGUCCUUAUUCAUCUACUAGACGAUGCUUAUAUAAGAGAGACUCUUACGAAUACCCAUUUGAGUACUCCAAAGAGUUUUUUAAGGCCUAUCCGACUGAAAACAAAAUGAUGAUGAUGACAUUUAUGGAUAUGCAUGAAGGCACUAUUGAGGUCAUCAAAUACCUAGAUGAUCCUUUAGCUAAUUUCUUGAAGGAAAUGGAAGAUGAAAAUACCACGAUUAUUUUUUGGAGUGAUCAUGGCUUGCAUUUGUGGGGUAUAAUUAUGGCUUUAUCCAGAGAAAGUUAAGCCUAUAUUGAAGUAAUGAAUCCUUUUAUCAUCAUCAACAAUAUGCAAGGACUCACUAUAGAAUAAGAACACUAUCUCGAUGUUAACUAGUAGAAACUAGUUACACACAUACAUUUUCAUAACUUCUUAAAGUUUUUUGCAUCAGGUAAAGUUCCUUAAAGCCGCAUGAAUCUUAUUAAUAAACUUGGCAGUGAUAGAGAAGUUUGUGAUUUUAUUGGAUCUAGAUGUCUUUGUGAAAACUUUCCCAAGACAAUUAGAUAUUAAAGAUGGCCAGAUUACUGA